UCAUCGUUCAAAUCGCGUUAAAGAGAUACCAGGUAUGCUAUUAUGUCAUAGGAUACUGUCACUAAGCCAUUUAUCCCUUCCGCAGUGUCCAGCAGAAUAUCCGUGUUGACCGAUGCUUAUAUCAAGGAAUGGCAUCCGGUCGAUACCGACUGGCAAAACAGGAACAACUGGGAAGGCGGUCAACUUCCGUGUUGGCGCUCACAGGUCAUCCUGCCCGAAGAAGUGGUCAUUUCCAUCUUCCUCAAUGGAACCGUUGCCUGGAACGAAUUAGUUAUGCCACAGACAGGUGAAUUGGUCCUGAACGAGCUCACACUCAAUGCAGACACACAGGAGCAUUGCAAUAGCCAGGAAGUCAAAUUCAAGAAUUGGAAACCGAGCAGUUGGUUUGACCCUGACCGUUGGCAAAUUUCCGAAUCAGAUGGAAUGGUCAUUCCGCAACCGUUGGCCAUUCCGCAUUCGGAGAGGAUUCCUUGUGCUCAGGACAGCGUUCACUUAUCAAAAGGGCAUUCACUUUCUGUUGAUUUCAAUCGAAUCAACUCUCUUACUGUAGGCCAGGUCAAAUAUGGAGAUCAGCUGUUAACUGUGGAAGAAUGGCGAAAUCAGCUCAACGGGCAAGAAUGGAAGUACCAAGUACACAAUCCACCCCAUUUGGCUCACGUUAACGGAACUGAAUGCCAGGACGUCCUAGGUUGUCGUUGCGGUCACGACGUUGACGUGAUCCAGAUGGUGUGCAGCAAUGCAGGAACUCUGUGUAGUAAUCAGCUUGAAUGUCCUGACAGUUUUAGGCCACCUGGUCACUGCUGUGACAUGUGUGGGGCUAUGAUGAAAGUUACGGUCAAUGAAAGAACAUUCACCAAGUCUGCCUUUGAUCGACUUGUCUCAUCUAUGCUGGUUGAAGAUGGUUGGCCAGCCAGUCAAAGCUAUUCAUACCGAACAGAAGAAAAUGUUCUGCAUGUCACGAUUGUGGAUAAUACCACAAACGAGAGAAGCAUAAAUGCUGCCAGCAAAAUCUACGAUUACUUAAACAAAGAUAAGGAAAGCAGCAAUCUCUAUGGUAUUAUGGCACUGGAGAUGAUUAAAUCUGGUCUUUCACAUUCUGCUGUUCACCACUACACCCCAGAAGAGUUACAUCUCAUUGCGUCCAAUUUGUCGACCGUGUUCGCCACAUUCGUUCUAUUGGGAGGUGUGGUAGCUGGCAUCUAUUUUUACAAGAGGCAAAGGUUUACAGAUUCGCGUGAAGAGCUUUCCGUAGGGUUUGCUCGUUUCCAAAACGACUCUGGAAAUGUGGAGAUAGCUAUUGACGCAAGUUUUGAACAAGCUUUGGCUCGUCCCACACUCGAUGCUUCGUGCAACAGGCAGGAGCCAACUUCCCCCUUCACGGAAGCUCCUGAAAUUCCCAACACCUCUUCGGACACUUGUCAUGGAACUAGUGUCAAGGCAGCGCCUGCCGCUUGGAAGAAAUUUACGCGCGCAUUCACGAACCCUCUCUUUGGCGACCCAUCGGCUGCCGCCAGCCGCAUGUCGGCGAGGUGGACCAUGUCAUCACUCAUGAAAACCACGGCCACUCAGGAAAAUCCCAUUUAUAACAUGGAUAUUCCAGAUUCAUCGCCAGCGACAUCUGACAUCCCAACCAAUCCACCGAGUGUUACAGUAGACGAUCCCGUUGAUGCGAUUGUGGCGCUUCCGGCAGCUACGGUGGCAGGUCGUGCCGAUGAAGCGGAAGGAGAAGGCGUCGCUGAAAGCAACGCUCCACCGCUAGUUGACGCUUUUCCAGCGGUUUCGGAUGACGAAGUUUCUCUUCCUGCCGAAGGGGUUUCGGUCAUGGAAGACGUGUCUCUGGCCGAAGAGACCUCAGCCGCCGCAGAAAGCGCCCAAUCUCCGUCAUUGAAUACGAUUUCGAGUAAUAACAGCGCUAACGGCUCCAAGCAUCCGUUGAAAAGGCUGUGGAAAAAAGCGACAAAAAAAUUGAGCCUAACAGCAAGCAGCGAUCCGACCGGCGCUUUGUCGUCGCCUCAAUCUUCCGAUGCGGAACCAACGGCCGAGCGUUUUACGGCCCCCCAGCUGAUGGGCCAGCAGUGUGAGGACGAAAUGCAACUGACGCUAGCCGAAGAGACGGACGAGUAAUUAAAAAAGAAAAAAUGAAACAUUUGCUGCUAACGCCAUCCAUCGCAGAAUCACGUAACUAACAAAAUUACCCUUUUUUUUAUUAUUUAUCCACCAUGUCUAAGUAGUAAAUGCAGCCUUUUAUCGUAGUACUGUUUAAUAAUCAAGCGGGUAGAGCUAUUGAAAGUCGACAUCCCGCAUUGACCUCGCCAUAAUUCCAGUUAAUCAAAAAGAAAAUAACUAGUCACGUACAUAGAUACAGUGUAACCGAUUGCACCCAAACGCCAAUAACUAGCUAUUCGCAUCAGCGGUUCCAGCUGCUUUUGUAAUAUAGCGGAAAUAAGGGAGUGCAUUGCUAGAUAUGAAGGAAUAAUAGGACACAAAAAAAAAAAGAGAUCUUCUUAUAGAUAGCGGACUGAACGAGGACUCCUUUCUCUGUUCAAUGACGUUGUACAACAAACAAGGAGGAGGCCAGCGUUUUUCACAGUGCAUGUUUUUCCCUUUAUUUUCUCUUUGGGCUGUCUCUUUUCUGUUGCCUUCUAUACGUCGUGUGUGAUUAAUGAUACGAUGACUUGUUCGAUUGGCACCCGCCCCGAAAAUGCUGUCUAGGCGACACAAUUACUAUCCCGCUUACACAUAGAUACUGGUAGCAUUCCCACCCUCGUCUUCUUCUCUGCGUGUGACCUAUAGCAAUCGUAUUGGUGCAGUGGCGACGUUGCCAAAAAGAUAAAAUGUAUCCGACACACAUAAGGGGAACGGGUUGAUUGCGCUUCAUCAUUCUAGUUCGUUGCUCUUUCGCCCCCCAUUCCGUUGGCCGCGUACCGACCGACGUCUAAAACAGACAAUGCAAUCUACGACUAGCCGCCCGGUUUCUAAAUAUACAUACAAACGUAUAUAUACAGACAACAGGCCCAUCUAAAUAGUCUCUUCAUCUUAGCGGCGAAAUGUUUCUGCAGUCCCUUCAGCCGCAUUCAUCUUGUUGAAUGUUUGCGUUUCCCCUCUUUAUCUCUGCCUUACCGUCCACAAGCUCGUCUAAUACCUUUUAAAAAGAAAAAUAACAAUAACCGUUGAUGUAAUUUGCCGUGUGUUUUUUUUUUUUAAUUCUUUUCUUUGGAAAACAGUCACGGUCUGCGUGUGGGAAUGGAUUGACGGAUGCUGCACAAGGGUUUUAGCCAACAGAUAGAUACCUAAUAACCUAAUAGAAAAAAAAAAGAAAUUCUUUUUCGCGUGCUGAACUUUAUUUUUUUUUUAUGGGAAAGGGCGGGAGGUCUGUAGCUAAUCGUCUUCCAGCUGCCCCCCCCCCCCCUUCUUUUCCCGGCCGGUCCGCAUUUAGCAACUGGCCGACGCCUCUGCGCAUGUUAUUUCCAUUUUCUUUUUCUUUUUUAAAGACAUGUCUUUUUCUUAAAAUAAUAAUAAUAAUAAAAAAAAUGCAUAUGUAAAUCACAAA